UACCCCAAGCCAGGUUCGAGCGUAUUCGUAUUAAUUGACCAAUGCUCGAGCGUAUUCGUGUCCAUUGGCCAAUGAAAGGUUACCAACCAACCCCCCAUUGUUUGAUACCAAGAAUCACAAGACUUUCGUGACUAUAUUAUAAGCCGAUGUCGAAGGAUCAAAAAGUACUCCAGAGCUAACUAACUUACAUUUACCAUCGAAAACAUGGCUGACGGAAAAGGAUUCAAGAAAGUCGCCAUCGUGACAGGAUGCGCAAGUGGAAUUGGACUCGAGACAACAAGGUUGUUUUUGAGUCAUCAGUAUAUGGUAUUGGGAGUGGAUAUCAGUGAGAUGGAUUACGCAAAAUUAGAGAAGAAAAACCAAGAGAUGGUGAGUGCGAAUACGUCGAAGCAGGAUGUCGUAUUCUCUUAGAGCCAGAGUUGCGGGAAAGAGAAUAUUAAAUACUAACAUGUGGACUGGAUUAGUUUCAUUUUCAUAAAGGAGAUCUGAGAAAAGAUGGACAGUGCGAUGAGGUUGUGAGAAGUUGUGUUGCUAAAUUUGGGUGUGUACUUUUCUUCAAGUCCAGUUCAUCCAAAGCAUAAAGCCGUUGAGGCUGGAUCGAGAAAUAGUAACAAGACUCUAGUGACAAAAUCGAUGUCCUGGCGAACAUAGCUGGUGUAAUAGAUGCUUUUGCAUCAGCGGACAAUGUCACGGACGAUGAAUGGGAUCGUAUCAUCGCAGUCAACCUCACUGUUCCCACGAAACUGAUUAGGGCUGUUCUGCCAUUCAUGAAAGCGAGAAAGAGCGGUGCCAUUAUCAAUUUGGCUAGUAAAGCUGGAUUGAGUGGUGCUGUGGCAGGGGUUGCUUACACAGCAUCUAAACAUGGAUUGGUUCGUAAUUCUCCAUAAACAGAAAUAAAUCGUGGAAGCUAACGAUGUUCUAGCUGGGAGUUACCAAGAACACUGCAUUUAGAUUUAGGGAUGAAGGCAUUAGAUGCAAUGCUGUUUGUCCCGGAGGUCAGAAUUACCCUUUUUCUCAGGCGGUCUCCUUUAGACACACAUAUUGAUACAUUUAUAGGAGUGAAGACUAACAUCAUCAACUCGAUGAAUGGAGAGUGCUUUGAUCAAGAAUCGAGUGGUAUUUGGGCGUGAGAUCAUCCUUACAAUUCCUUACUGCUUUUUUGUUUGCUGAUGAUGUCAUAGACCGGUUCUCGCUUUGCACAUGAAGCCCGGUGAACCACUAAAUGUUACCGCUUCAGCAGUGGCUGAAGCGAUCCUGUUUCUUGCAAGCGAUGCAGCGAAGUCUAUCAAUGGCGUCGCACUGCCUGUUGAUAAUGCCUGGAGCACAAUCUGAUAGAUGAUUGAUUGUGGUUGCAGGAGAUAUCGAAUGAUGAAGGACAGCAAUACAUAUGGCCACAUGGUUGCAUUCGAGACUCGAGACGGAGCUAAUCCCUUGUGCUUGUCAUGAAUUAUCCCACCUGUAUUAGAAUAGAAGCAAACUUAUUAGAGCAUAU